AUGGAUAUGCUUGUCACCAUUCUCGAUCUUCUUUUUCCUCCUUUUACCAUCAUUUUUCUCGUCCUCUUUUAUCCAUUUUAUCUUUUGCUAAAACUUAUAAUUUAUAUCAGUAAGCACCUUCGUUUCGAAAAUGUAGCCGGAAAAGUAGUUCUAAUCACCGGAGCUUCCUCCGGCAUUGGAGAGCAUAUCGCAUAUGAGUACGCAAAGAAAGGAGCACAUUUGGUUCUGGUUGCUCGAAGAAAGGAUCGUCUAGAGGUAGUAGCAGAACAAUCACGCCAAUUAGGAUCUGGUGAUGUCAUUGUCAUACCUGGUGAUGUUGCUAACGUUGAAGACUGCAAAAAAUUCAUCGAUGAGACCAUUCAACAUUUUGGAAAACUAGACCACCUGGUCAACAAUGCUGGAAUAACUCAGACUCUUCUUUUCGAAAAUUACACUCAAAUACAAGAAGCUAAUCCCAUAAUGGCGAGCAAAGCAGCCUUAUUAAGAUUCUUUGAGACAUUAAGAGUUGAGCUCAAUCCAGAUAUCAAAAUAACAAUUAUAUUCCCUGGAGUCAUAGCCACAGAUAUGAGCAGUCCUCGCUUUAUAGAACAGUACGGUUCGGAUUUUAUUCUGUCGCAAUCGGUAAGUAAAUGCGCAAAAGGAAUAUUCAGAGGAAUUGGUAGAGGAGAGACAUACAUAUACGAACCUAGUAGAGAGAAAUGGGUGCUUCUGUUGAAGAAUCUGUGUCCUGAAAUUGUUGACUACUUAACCAACUGUUUGUUUGUUCGUUAUGGCAAACCUUAUUUCAAGCGUGAAUGA